GAUGAAUAAUUAAGCUGUUUUGAUUAUCUUAUUGGUUUUAAUGCAGCAAUUGACACUUCGAAACAAUUAUUUGAUUUGCUUUGUCAGUUCAACGGUUGACCCAUUGAUUAGCCCACCAUCCAUGACUUGAGCUUAACUGCUUAAGUUAUGCACUCAUCUCUUACCUUCUUCUUAAAAAAACUCUGAUGAUCUGUUACGUUUUGUUUCUUUCCUCUGUUCUCGUUUCUGUUACCGAUGGAGUUAUGGCGGCGUUCGUGCCCACCGAUGUUUUUCUCUUCAACUGUGGUGAUACUUCCAACAACGUCGACAACAAUGGCCGGAAUUGGACAGCAGAAGAUCGGAAAAUUCUGUCGUCAAAUUUAGUCAACGCUUCGUACACUUCAGAAGCAUCAUACCAAAAAACAGGAGUUUCUCGGAUCCCGUACAUGAAAGCUCGAAUAUUCCGAUCUGAGUUCACUUACAGUUUUCCAGUCACUCCUGGCUGGAAAUUCCUCCGUUUAUAUUUUUACCCGACUCAAUACAAAUCCGGUUUUGACGCUGUUAACUCUUUCGUCUCCGUCAAAGUCAGCGGUUUCACUCUCUUGCGAAACUUCAACGCUGAUAUAACGGUACAAGCAUCCAUAACAGAGUCAAGUUCUCUAAUCAAAGAGUUUAUCAUUCCGGUUUACCAGACUUUGAAUCUCACCUUCACACCGUCUGAGAAUUCGUUAGCUUUCGUUAACAGAGUCGAGAUUGUCUCCAUGCCUGACCGGUUUUACUCAAAGGGAGGAUUUGACGACGUUGUAAGAAACGUCAGUAGUAACGUUGACUUCGAGAUAGAUAACUCGACGGCUUUCGAGACAGUUCACUGAGUAAACGUUGGCGGACAAAUGGUCAAUAAUGUCGAUGAUUCAGGAAUGUUCCGAAGGUGGCUUCCGGAUGAUUCUUUCGGAAAUUCAGGAUCCAUUGUGAAUGUUCCGGAUGUAAAGAUCACAUAUACGGAGAAAACUCCGGCGUAUGUUGCCCCAUAUGAUGUGUACGCUACUAGUCGCUCAAUGGGCUACUCCACCAAUUUGAUUUUCAAGCUGACGGGUAUGUUCCUCACAGUUGAUGCCGGGUAUAACUACCUCGUGAGGCUACAUUUCUGUGAGACUCUUCCACAAGUGACUAAACCAGGCCAACGCGUCUUCUCCAUCUUCGUCAAAGAUAAGAUGGCUAAGAAAGAGAUGGACGUGGUACGGUUGAGUGGUGGUCCUCGGAUUCCAAUGUAUUUAGAUUUUAGUGUGUAUGUUGGUUUCGAAAGUGGGAUGAGACAACCUGAUCUACGACUUGACUUGCAUGCUUUCAAGGAUACUAAUCUAACCGACGCUAUUCUGAGUGGUGUAGAGAUUCUCAAGCUGAAUGAUUCUGAUGGUAAUCUUCCCAGACCAAAUCCAAAACUUAUAGAAUCUAAGGACUCAAGACCAAACCAUUCUAAUGUAACGCCACCAAUAAAAGGUAAGCCACAUGUUUUGGUGAUAAUCCUCAUAGCCGUUGGUUCUGUAAUUGGGCUAGCGACUUCCAUUGUUAUCAUCAUGUUGUUGAUCCGUCGGAAGAAGAAUAAAAAGGAAAAUAGUGUCAUCAUGUUUAAGUUACUACUGAAACAGUACACUUAUGCAGAAUUGAAGAAAAUUACAAAAUCGUUUUCCCACACCGUUGGGAAAGGAGGGUUUGGAACCGUAUAUAGAGGAAACCUUUCUAAUGGGCGUAAGGUUGCAGUAAAGGUCUUGAAGGAUUUGAAGGGAAACGGUGACGAUUUCAUCAACGAAGUCACCAGCAUGAGCCAGACAUCUCAUGUAAACAUUGUUUCUCUUUUUGGUUUCUGCUAUGGAGGGUCCAAAAGAGCGAUUAUAUCUGAGUUUUUGGAGCAUGAGUCUUUGGACCAGUUCAUCUCUAGAAAGAAAUCAUUGACUCUGGACGUGGCAACAAUAUAUAGAAUCGCGCUAGGCAUCGCUCGGGGAUUGGAGUACUUGCACUAUGGCUGCAAAACAAGAAUUGUGCAUUUCGAAAUUAAACCUCAAAACAUUCUACUAGAUGGCAAUUGUCCUAAAGUGGCGGACUUUGGCCUUGCCAAGCUUUGUGAGAAAAGAGAAAGCAUUUUGUCAUUAAUAGACACAAGAGGAACUAUUGGUUACAUUGCGCCAGAGGUGGUCUCAAGAAUGUACGGCGGAAUCUCCCAUAAAUCAGAUGUGUAUAGCUAUGGAAUGUUGGUCCUUGACAUGAUCGGAGCAAGAUACAAAGUUGAAACCACAACUUCCAACGCUAGUACAGCUUACUUUCCUGAUUGGAUCUACAAAGAUCUUGAUAAUGGAGACCAAACGUGGAUAAUUGGAGAUGAUAUAAAUGAAGAGGAAAAAGAGAUUGUGAAGAAGAUGAUAUUAGUGAGUCUUUGGUGUAUUCAACCAUGCCCAUCAGAUCGUCCACCGAUGAACAGAGUCGUGGAGAUGAUAGAGGGUAGUUUGGAUGCUCUUGAAAACCCCCCCCCCCCCCCUAAGCCUUCUAUGCAUAUUUCCACAGAGCUUAUUCUUGAAUCUUCUUCGAUUUCUAAUGGCGAGGAAGCUGGAAAACAAACUCAAACCUUUGAUUCUACUACUAUUUAGCGCAAAAUUCUGAUUUUUUUUGUUUUUGAUGAUUUGAUAGAAAGAAUAAUUAAAAAGAUAAGAAACAUUUUGCAAACUUUUUUCUGAUUCAUUAAUAAUUAAUAAAUCUCAAAAACUAUAACAAAUCAAUAAAAUAUAUUUCUAUACAAUAAUCAAUCAUGAAGUUUCUUCACAGGGAGUCUUGUUGAUGAUAAAUCAUAUGCCUUGCUUUGGCGUAGAUUCUUCUAAGUGGGCAUGGGGCUUAUCAAGCAAAGUAAAGCAGUUUGACACAAAAUCAAUGCGUAUGUAGUUUUCGAUUCUUUGAUAACAAUUUCAAUGCAUAUGACACAUAAUCAAUUUUGUUGUUGUUGUUGUUGUCAAUUUCAAUGCAAAAGACAACAAAAACAUUGAGAAUGUUUCUCCUUUUACUGUUUUAUUGAUUAAUGUCUAAAACUAUGAACAUUGAAAUUGUGACACCGUUUUCUUAGCUACCAUGGCAUGCAACGUUUUCUUUUAGUGUGUGAGACAUUCUAAGCCAGAUGGAGGGUUUGCGUUCAGGGUUUAAGUGAAACAUAUGAUAGGCACGUAACGGGUUGUUUACAAGGGCCGUUAAAGCUUAGGGAGAGAAUCGUAAUUGGCUCUGUAAAUCGUUGGCUCUGUUUCGAGUAUAAAACCAGAGUCCCAAUGAUCCUUUUGAGCUGUGUGUUAUAUCUUCCAUUGACCAUUGCUAUGAAAAUGUGAACUUUUGCAUGUGUACCGUUACCUGGGAGAAGUAGAUUACCCGAAAUGGUGGCUAAACUCGUAAAAAAGUGAUUGUGUCUUGUAGCUCUCCGGUUUGCGAUUCAUGUUCGUUCAAAUAGUGAAAUUAGAGAGAAAGUGGUCCAAUUCUUGAAUCAAUUCUCAACAGACUGGUAUGUCUUCCGGCAAUGUUCGAUAUUGAAAUUUUUGAUGAUAUGCAAACUUUGGCCUCUGGAAACGCAAGUGUCUUGCAAAAUAGGAAGUUUAGGUAUAUGACUGACGUUCUUAAGCCAAGAUCAAAAGUAGAAGAAGACGGAAGUAGAGUAAAGGAAGAAGUAAUUGAACCAAGAUCGCAACUGGUCAAAAGACAAAGGAGAAAUAAUUUCAAGUCAUGAACCUCUUGAUCCUCAGUCUUGGUGAAGGAAAGUCUAAAGAGGUUAAGAGAUACGUAUAAGUUCAACUCAGAAGGUGACUUGGCUCAGACUCAACAAUCUCAUCCUGAUGUCCUUUAUGUUACUGAUUUGUCUAAAGCCAAAAGAAAAAGACUAUUAUUGUUGUGGUCCUUACAGAAGCUCAAAGAUUGCAUAGAAAUUUAACCAAUUACGCUUCAAAGCUAGACUGUUGAAAACCAGAAACCAUUGUAAAACAAUAAAAAUUCUCAUUUUUCGAAUAAUAUGGCCAAUGCUAAAAAAAAAAGAGAGAGAAUAAAAUGGUCCCAAAGUUGCUGUAUAUUUGUUUUUUUUUCUUCUUUUUUUUUAGACAAAAACCAUAGUUGCUGUCUUUUGCUGUGCUAUUUUUCUUAUUGGUUGAAAGAAACUUGAAGAGUGAAAAUAUUUAUUUGGUUUUAUGGCAGCAAAUGUCAGAUUUGACAUAGUCUUUUCGUUAGUGAGUAGUGUUUCUUUCUUUGUAAGAAAUUUCUUCGAAACAUUUAUUUGUUUUGCAUAGUCAGUCAACGGUUGACCCAUUGACUCACUCACCACGUCCACGGCUUACACUUACAAUCAUACACUCAUCUCUUAUCUUCUUCUCCCUCCACUAAACCAUUUUUUUAAAAUACGAUGAUCUGUUACGUUUUGUUUCUUUUCUCUGUUCUUGUUUCUGUCACCGAUGGAGGAGGAGGAGCUAAUGCCGCAUACGAGCCCACCGAUGUCUUGUAAGUGCGGAUGAGGUCAAAUAAAUUACGGAAAGUAAACGAGACAAAAAAUUUGUUAACGAGGUUCGGUUUUUCCUACUCUCCGGGACCACGUCCAGAUUUCGAUUCCACUAGAACAAGAAAGCAAAUACAACCUAUUCGCAAACGCGUAAAUCAAGCACAACCCUCUUGAUUCACUGCUCCGUUCUAUUAACAUGAAAUCUUAAGGAUAAAUCUCUACCCUUAACUAAACUCUCAUGAGCCUAGAUUUAAUCAGGAUAACCUAACCCUGAGCCAAACUCCCUCUGAAGGUGACUUGGCUCAGACUCAACAAACUCAUCCUGAUGUCCUUUAUGUUACUGAUUUGUCUAAAGCCAAAAGAAA